UUUUGUUGCCAUGGAAACCGUAAACUUUACAGUUUGUAGCGUCGCAAUUGCCUUCCAUUUAUGACCAGCGUAGAUAAACUUUCAGGGAGUUCAGGACUGCAAACAGAGACGAAUACACAGGCUUCUGUUUCUGUUAUAUGGUAAAAUCAUAAUUUGUCUUCGAGUAUUAUAAAAGGAAGGUAGCAUAAAGUGAGAGCUCAGCUUUUCGAAUUUCAGAUUUGUCUAAGUUCGGAAUCACCGAAGAAUAUCGACGAACGUACUGAACGAUUCCACUGCAUUCUUUAUGAGUACUGUCCAAAAUUCAGUCAAGUAUUCAGUUGGUACUAGAUUUAUGAUGAAGUCUAACAGUUUCUAAUCUAAGUUCAGAUUGCUACACAUUCAGCCAUUACCAUCACUGAAGUGUAUCCUUUGCCAUAAAUUCAAUUGAUGCUGGUCUCAUGUAAAUUUAAGCUCUGUAAGUUAAAUUCAUAAGAGUGCGACGUACAUUCAGCUUGCUGCAGCUUUGGUAAAUAUCAUUGUUGGAUUGUAUCUUUUGUUAUUGUCACGGCAACUUUACUGGACAGUAGUUACAUCCGAAGACUUCUUUGUUGCUGUUGAGUGGAAACAUUUAUGGCUGCAUGUAAAUAGUUCAUUUUAAAGAAUUUUAUAAAACUGAGGAUUGCAACAAUCAUAUAACAAUGGCUACUUCUAAUCUGGAAGACCUGAACCUAACACCUGAAGAGGUUGAGCGUUUCAGCAAAGCAUUUAAAGAUAAGAAGUUCAGAGAUCUUCUUUUUGAGUAUGCAGAAGAAAUUUCCAACCCAGAGAACAAAAAACGUUAUGAGGAAGAAAUAACACUUAUGGAAAAAGAGAGAGGAAUGGAUAUAAAAUUUGUACACCCUCAGCCUGGAUAUGUCCUCAAGACAAGUCUUAACGGGGAAAGUAAAUGUUUUAUAAAUGUCUGCAGCAACAAUUUAAUUGCUAAACCUUUUUGUAAACCUGGAAGGGGAAAUGGUGGUGGAUUUGGACAGCACUGGUCCUUGCCUUACAGCCUAGCUCCAGGGAGGGAAGAUAUGAAUAAAGAGGGCACAAAAUAUAUGAUUUAUGAUGUUGUUUUUCAUGAAGACACACUACACAUGGCUAAUAAAAAUACAGAGUUUAAGAAAAUGGUUGAUUCAACUGCACUUGAAGUGAUUCAAAAACAGUAUAAUGUUAAAUUAGAUGAAAUAAAUCUGAAGACUUUAAAGACUAAAUAUAAAGGUGUGCCACAUGCUUCAGUUAUUCGAAAGCCACUGCCUGGUGAACCCGAGCAAAUGGAAGAUGAUUUAAGUGGCUUACAGUUUCCUUAUCCAUAUGAUACUCCAAAAGCCAACACUUCUGAACAUAAAAGAACUUCUAGUCCUAAACCCAAAGUAAGUCCAGUCUCAAAGGAGGAAAAACAGAGAUCCACUAUACCAUGUAAACCUAAAUAUUCAAUUAAAUACAGGUCCUUUGUUGAUUUGCAGGACUACACAUAUGCAAGAGAUGCAACCCCAAGCACUCGACCCAAAGAGCUACUAAUUACAAUUGAUCUACCUUUGUUGAAAUCAGCAGGACAGGCAACACUGGAUGUCACUGAAACUCAUUUAACUUUGGAUUCCCAAGACCCUGCAUACUUAUUAAAUAUAACUCUUCCAUAUCCUGUAGAUGAGAGCGGUGGUUCUGCUAAAUUCCUAAAAAACAAAAAGCAGCUUGUAGUGACUUUGCCUGUGCUACCAUUGAAACAAAAGGCUGUAGUGCUGCCAGAGAAUCAAAAGAUGCUUGUCAGAGAAGAUGAGACAUUUUGUUCUGAAACAGAUGCAGAUGUUUCAGACUGCAUGCCAGAGAAAUGCAUAGAAUCUAUUGAAUUAGAUGACGACAAUACUAAACGACCUUUAGUUUCUGAGAUUUCUUUUCAAGAAAGUAAUCUGGAUACAAAAGAGGGAAUUGAGACACAAGGAUCCUCACAUGUUGUUCCAGACAGUUUGGAGAGGCACAGAAAUCAACACACAGAUAUUUCUGAUAUAUUAUCCUCAAAUAAAGCAGACAUUCAAACAGAAUUAAGUGAUUCUACCAAUACCUGCCAUUUACUCUGUAGCAAUGCACUUCUUGUAACACAUAAGGGCACACUGAAGGAAAACAAAUCAUCACCCAUUUCUGAAGGUGAUUCAACUCAAUUUGGUCACUGUUUUGAAACCCAGCUGCCUCAGAAUACUAAUGAAGGAUCUGAGUUAUGCCCUAGUUUCAAAUGUAUGCAAGAUGAUAAAUCAUUUACCCUGUUCUUCUAUGUAAAGCAUAUACUUCAAGACAGUUUCAAAAUUACUAUUAAUAUGGGAGACUGCACAGCUAAUUUCAGAACAGAUUAUCCGCCUGCAUGUUAUUCUUUGGUCAUUCAUUUUACUCCAGGAAAUAACUUGGUUACAGACCAGGUGACUCUUAAUAUAAAUAAUGAUCAUACUGUCAUAAUUUUGAAUAAAGCACCAAAAAGCUUUGGACUAUGGAAAAAGUUACAUUUUGGUACAAAAAGUGACUGCUUGCUGGAGAAAGUUCUUAUGGAAGAAACGGCAGAUGCAUUUUCUGAGAAUGCCUUAUCUUCAUGUUUUCCUGAGAAGUCCCCUUGUCAGCAUGUGCAAGGUUCUGAAGCACCAAACAUCAGUGAAAGUGACCUUCAGGUGACAACGGAGGAGAAAGUUCUUAUAAUGGAAGAAAUGGCAGAUGCAUUUUCUGAGAAUGCCUUAUCUUCAUGUUUUCCUGAGAAGCCCCCUUUUCAGCAUGUGCAAAGUUCUGAAAAACCAAACAUCAGUGAAAGUGACCUUCAGGUGACUUCGGAGGAUGAACAUGCUUUUACUCAGCUUGUACAAGAAGGGCAACUUAGUUUUGCAAGAACAGAUACACCCAUGGUGGACAUGAAAAUAAAUCCUACAGAAAAUAAUACACCUCUUGGUUAUGUGUUAGAUCCCUGUGCAGCAAGUCUCAGCAUGCAGAAUACUACAUGUCCUGAAUCUGUUGCGAAAAAGGAGACAGCAAAAAAAACACCAUGUCCAGGGGAUACGGAAGACUUGCCCCUAAUCAAAUCUGAACCCACUGCCAGUUGCCUUUCUAUACUAGGAAUACAGACAGACAGCAGGGUGUCAGAUCUAGAUGAAAAAAAUGAUGGAAAUGUUGAAUCAGAAAUUAUCAAAAGCAAAGUGGCAAAUUACUUUAAACAGAACACUGAAGCAAGUAAAUGUGGUGAAGAUGCUAACCCAGAACAGCAGCAGCUUGAUAAGAAUAAUAUUUUUAGCCAGAAAGUAAUUCCUCCUGUUCUAACCGAAGUUAAAGAUGGUGACACAAAAGUUAUUUGUAACCAUGAAACACAUUCUGCAGUCACUUUUUACAAUUCUUUGUUGUUCGAACUGGAUUAACCUUACUUUACUGUUUCAUUUUCACAAUAUGUGUAUUAUGUAAUAGUGAGCAUUAAGAAAAACAUAAUACAAAGCUGAAUGCUUUACGAUAUGAUCCCACUACAGCACAACCCCUGAAGUGUCACUUCUCUGCUGAGAAGUGCUUUUGGAAGCAUAGAAAUAAAAUAUCAUAAUAAAAACUGUAUAUACUGCACUGUGUACUAUACAUGGAAGCAUGCAUAUAUUUAAAUAUUUUUAAAAAAAUAAAUAUAUAACUUGCAUGUACACUCAGGCACCAACAGUUAUUUAAUGAUUUACACUGCCUUAGUGUUUGCUGAUGUGUUCACCAUGUUUACAAGUUGUAAAGAAUUUGUAUUUGGUUGAGUAUAUGUGUAAUAAAUUGCUGCAUUUGUAA